UUGGGUGAAGUUUGUGUCAAAUGAACACUCAUUGCAUUGCAUUGCACUUCAAAUGCACACAAACUUACAGUUAAUUCAUUUAAUUUGCAAACAAAUAGUUGCAAUAUUUUGACAGUUUCUCAAAAAUACAUAAACUUUGAAAUCUUGGUCACAGUUUGUGUCAUUCAAGUCACAAAUGUCUUCUUCGGUGGCAAAUCUGGUGAAUAAGUUUCGCGGAUGUCUUGCGGGCGGACUCAUUGGCGACUGUCUGGGCUCACCCUUCGAGGCCGACAACCCUAUCAGUCGAUCGGUUUUGUAUAACUUUCUGACCAAACAAUUGGAGGAAUCGGCCAAAAUGUUUCAGAUGUUCCCCUUCACUGAUGACACAGCGAUGACUAAAUCGAUGGCCCAAUCGUUCAUUGAAUUGAAACGCUUUGACGCCAAAGAUAUGGCCAAAAGGUUUUCCGUCGAGUACUUCAAAGACCCGAAGAGGGGAUACGGAGGUAAUGUCGUGGAUGUGUUCGCGGCUUUACGGCACACCCAUUACGAGUACCCCUACGAACCGGCGCGCCUUCAGUUCAAUGGUUCGGGCAGUUAUGGGAACGGAGGGGCGAUGAGGACCAGUCCUGUGGCCCUCUUUGGCUUUCACUUAUCGGACGCCGAGUUAAUAGAGUUGGCGACCAAUUGCGCCAAAAUCACUCAUUCAAACCGAAACGGAUAUAACGGCGCUAUUCUUCAAUGUCUGGCCAUUCGCGAGGCUUUGCAGACACAGUCGUCGCCAACCGAUCACUCAUUUGAUGUCAACGUAUAUCUCAAUAGUUUGAUCGAAAAGAUGCAAAAAGUCGAGACAACUAUUUGUACGGAAACUGAUAACAAUGACUCGCAUAAUAAAUCCAAUGGAGUUCCCGAAACUCCAUUUACUGAUAAACUCAACAAAAUUAAGAAAAUUUUUGAGAGCCAAACCAAAGUGAAUGAAUUGUCGGGAGAAAAGGUGGCCUAUAUUCUGGGCAAUGAUGUGUCGGCACUCAAGUCAGUCCCGUCUGCCAUAUAUUCCGUUUUGAGGGGUCAGACACCCAUUGAGGCCUUCCAGAGUACGAACCCUUUUGUGCGGACACUAUAUUUCGCGUUAUCAUUGGGCGGUGACACCGAUACUAUCGCCUCCAUGGCCUGUAGUAUUGCCGGCGCUCUCUAUGGAAACGAUUUGAUUCCAAAUCCUUUACGAAAACAUUGUGAAGACAUUGAUUUGCUUAUCAAAUAUUCCGAAGAUUUGUAUGAUUUGGUGCCAAAUAAGUAA